ACGGUUCCCUCAAGCCCGACUCACUCAGAAAUACGUCGUCACAUACGGUAAUGUGCAUCGUGCGUGGACGAAUCGUCAUUGUCGUCGUGUGGUUCGCGAAAUAUCGGGGGAGAAGUGUCCCAAAGAGAAUCAACGUCUUUUAGAGAGGAACAAAGGCUUUUCAGGGCAUCGUACGUUUCUCGAAACGCUAUUUAAACGAAUACUAACUAUAUCGAUCAUAUUGGUCGUGUGGCAAAUGAUCCGACGAUGAUCGGAACUCUAUACUUAAGAAGCGAAGUGUUUUUCGAACUGGCACAGAGAACGUCUUAACUUGAUCCGAGAUUCGUCCACUUUCCACAGAAUUACAUACAAUAUUACAAGAAAUAUGAUGUCCAAUGGUAUGCAAAGUUCAACUAGUCAAAUCAAAGGCAGUUCUGUGGUGAAUAAUGUACAUCAUAUCUCAGCAUCAUCAUCAACCCUGAAUUCUCCACUUAUGAAAUUGUCUUCAUAUAUUUCGGCACUCCGACCAUGGUCACUGAGCGCAUCUUUAAUGCCAACACUUCUUGGAUCAGCUCUUGCAUAUCGAAUGAUGGAUGUAGUGAGCUUUAAUUGGUUAUCAUUGAUCCUUACUGUAUAUACAGUAGUUUGUGUACAUUGUGCUGGUAAUGUAGUGAAUACAUAUUUCGAUUAUAUAAAAGGUGUCGAUAGUCGAAAGAGCGAUGACAGAAUACUGGUGGAUCAAUUAUUGUCAAAAGAUGAAUUAGUCUCAUUAGGAGCGAUUCUAUAUGCUGCUGGAUGCAUUGGAUUCAUUGGUUUGGUGCUCAUCUCACCUGCAAAGAUGGAACACUUGGCUCUCGUAUAUUUCGGAGGAUUAUCUUCCUCGUUUUUAUACACAGGAGGCAUAGGAUUAAAAUAUAUUGCAUUGGGCGAUGUACUUAUCUUAGUUAUAUUCGGUCCAAUUUCGGUUCUGUUUGCGUUUAUGGCACAAACCGGUUAUGUUGAGCUGGGAACGAUAUAUUAUGCGAUACCGCUUGCGCUAAACACCGAAGCUAUUUUACACAGUAAUAAUACGAGGGACAUGGAGAGUGACAAAAGGGCAGGAAUCGUGACUUUGGCGAUUUUGGUAGGUCAUACCGCGUCUCACGUUUUGUAUGCUUUUCUACUAUUCACACCGUACAUAACUCUUAUAGUAUUGGCGUUAAGAUAUUCCAUAUGGUUUUUACUGCCUGUCAUCACUCUGCCAACCGCCUUUAAAAUAGAGAAGGAUUUUCGUGACCCAAAUAGGAUUCAGAAUGUGCCUAGACAAACAGCCAGAUUAAAUACAUAUUUAGAUAUUUUGUAUGUUGUCUCUUGUCUACUUGUAGGCUCACUUCCCUAUCUGUAAAUUAUUUGUAUUUUUUAUUAAAUUUUGUAUCAACAUCACUAAAAGCAAAUUGAAAUACUUAUUAAUAUUUAUCGGCAGCUGUUGUUAACGGAUACAUUUUAUAAUUUUAUCUAACUUGAAUCUGUGCAGCUCGUGCAAUGCUUACAAAUUAUAUUUAACAAUAUGUAACUGAAUGUCACUAUUGAUGUGACUAUCGACUACUACUGUAAUUGCUGAUGACUGACAUCAUAAUACUGACAUCUCAUUGAUUAACGUAUCAGUCUUCACUAAUUUAUAUUAUUUAAUAUUAA